AUGAUUCAAAAAGUCUACGGAGCUAACACAUUUCUAAACAAAGAAUUUCAUAUUUCAAUUCCGAAAACAAAUUCAGAUGCCAACGACUCCGAAAUAGCCCUAAGAAAGGAAUAUUAUUCUAAUAGAAUCAUUCAAUCUAUGGAUGAGUUACAAUUUUGUGAAGCGUCGGAAUAUGAUGAGUGUAAUGAAAUAAUUAGGAGCACAACUCUUAACAAUAAUCCAGACCCAAGAAGAAAGAAUUUGUACAUAAAUGCGUUGCUACGAAGAUGUUUUAUUGAAACCUAUUAUUUAAAAGAUUUCCAUCAAGCCAAAGAGGAUUUAGUUGCAGCUUCAGAGUUAUUGAUUGAUAACGGAAACGCGCUUAUGUUUACUUCUCGAUUAAACUCAAUGAUUAAUAUUGAGAUAUUUUCACAUCAAAUUGACCACAUUCAAAAACAUGGAGGAAAUUUCAACGAGCUAAUCCAAAAUCUAGAGAUGAGAGCUCAUGAGUACACCAAAAUUGGAAGAGUAAAAUCUUCAAUUCAAGAUUUAGAUGUAUUAAUUGAGAUUUUGGAAAAACAGUACAUAGAUCAUCCUGAGGACCCAAUCAAAAUACAGCCUCAAUUUGUAAAUGCGUAUAAGCAAAGAAUAGAGCUCUACACAAAUAUUAAAUUGGAAAUGGAACGAUUAUAUGACGUAUCUUCAGAGAUCAAAAAACUCAUGAGUGCUGAUAGUUCCAAAGACAUCAUGGAGCACUAUUUUAACUCUGUAUCCCUGCACGAUCGAAGACACAAAAUUAAUGCCACAAACUUGGACCUCAUUUUAGAGUUUGAAAAAAGUUUUGUAAAAGAAGAUGCAAGGGAAAAGUAUUGGGAUGUUUCAAACCCCAAAUCGUUCCACAACCAGGUGAAAGAUCUGUAUGGCGAGGUCAUCCCAAAAGUUGUCCAAGUAGUGGCCAAAGAUUUAAAAAGAGCGAAAACGUUGGCCAGAGACAAGCAAAGUCACGAACACUUAUUUUCAGAAUAUGAAUCUAUAAUCAAAGAUGACGUUAAGAAAAUGAGAGAUGUGAAGAUCACCAAAUAUAUGUGGCUGGGUUUUUUAACAGUAAUUUUAACCAUAGUACUUUUAGAGCAGCUUGGAAUUGUUGUAAUUAGAAAAAAGUAA